AAAUAAAUAAUAAAAAAACAAAUUGAGUUGUCAUAUCCAGGCCUUAAGAUUAAAUAAAAGUAAAAAAAAGUCUUCGUUGACAAUUGUUUCCUCUCUAUAUUUAUUUAAGGUUGAAAGUGGUGAGAUGGGAGUAAGGAAAGUUUAGCAAAUUCAAUUGGUGUAUCAGCUUUCUUGGCAAAAUGAGCUUCAACGAUGAUGAGCCGAUUGUUGCAAGCCAAGAUGUCUCAGCGGAAAAAUCUGCGGCAAUCCUAACAGGAAAAACAAAGGUGACAAUCAUCAAGAAAACGACGGCACCACUGGAAGAAAGCGAAUUCAAGGUGAUGCUGAAGCUCACUGCGGCAGGAUCCGGCAGCGACAGAUCCGGAGUGGAUCUUGUGACGGUCUUAGAUGUCAACGGUAGCAUGGAGGGAGAGAAGUUAGAAAAAAUGAAAAUUGCCUUGCUAUUCAUGAUCAAGAAACUUAGCCCGAUUGAUCGUUUGUCGGUUGUCACAUUCAGCGGGGUCUCUCACAGGUUGUGCCCAUUGCGGCAGAUAACCGAAAAUUCUCAAGGGGAGAUUGAAAAUCUGGUGAAUGCUUUAGUUGCUGACGGUGGCACAAACAUCUCUGCUGGUCUUCAAACAGGCUUAAAAGUGCUAAAUGACCGCAGACUUACUAGCUGGCGUGCAGUUGGCAUUAUGCUUAUGUCCGACGGCAAGCAAAACGAAGAUGGUGAUGCUGCCCAAGUUCCGGUUGGCAAUGUGCCCAUAUACACAUUUGGUUUUGGCGCAGACCACGAUCCGAGGGUGCUCAAUGCCAUCGCAAACCACAGCAUGGGAGGAACGUUCUCACAUGUUUCAAACCAGAACAACUUGGGUAUUGCAUUUUCCCAGUGUUUGGCUGGGCUUCUCACCGUGGUUGUUCAGGAUCUGAAGCUCACUGUCACAAAAGUUGAAUCCACAAUCGUUAAGGUGUCUGCCGGAAACUAUCCACAAUCCAAGGACGAUGCUGCCGGCUCUGUGACUGUUUCAUUUGGCGAUCUUUACAACAAAGAGGUACGCAAGGUCAUAGUGGACCUUCUUCUCCCUGCCGCUAGUAAGCCGGCGAGCUCGAAUAUCCUCAACAUCACUUACACAUACAGCUCUGGUGGGAAAUUGUUUGAUGCCAGUCCGAUAAUCGUUACCGUAAGACGCACCGGAGGAGGCAGCGAGGAAGGAGAACCAGAGAGGAAGGAGGUGAUGAUGGAGGAGAACCGUCUCCGGACUGCACAGAUGAUAAAAGAAUCAAGAAUCAUGGCUGACGACAAGAAGCUGGACGGUGCUCUUGAGAAGCUCGUUGAAGCACAAAGCUUGCAGGAGAACAUGGUUAAUGAUGAGUCUAACCCGUUGAUUGGGAUGCUGAAAUCUGAGCUGCAACAGAUGUCGAGGUUGAUGAAACCACAGGAAAUCUACGAAAACCAAGGGCGUCCUUUUGCACUCUCUUCUGAGACUUCCCAUAAUCGCCAGCGUUUCGCUGCAAGAGGUGAUGAUCCGAAAGAGCUGAGCUUAUUUGCCACUCCGCGUAUGGACGCAUACCUUGGGCAAGCCAAGUCAUUUGACGAGGAUCCCCGCAAGCCACUGCCCUCUGUGGACGAGGAUGAGAAGCAAGAACGCGCGGCCGAGCCCCUUCCUCCCAUGGUUCGACGUCUUUGCUACUAUAUUCAGAAGGUCAUUCGGUCUUUUUUCAAAGGUUUUUUGAAAUGUUGCCGAAAAAUAUGCGUUUCGGAUUCAUCUCCACAAGACGGAUAGAAAAAAUAAAAUAUUUUUGACAUAAUUUUUAUAAAUAAAAAAAAAUCACUGAAAGAAAAAAAAUUCAAAAACAAGAGGUGGUUUUCUUUAUCCAUUACAACAAACUCAAUAAAGCCGGCCGCCCGUAAUUCAAUGCUUGCAUGCGUGCUUUAAUCCCUUCGCCAUCAAUCUUUAAUUUACAAUGUAACCCAUUGCAUUGGGUUUUGCCUUUGCACUUCAAUAAAUAUAACGAGUGUGAUUUGCCCGUUGUUAAGUUUUUUUUUUUUUUUUAAUUAGCCAUGUCACAGAUAG